UAUUGAAACAUGAAAUGGAAACGGUAUAGCAUAAUAAACAAUUAACAACCAACCAAUGAAGCAUCACCAAUUGUUCCAAACUCUAUGAAUCUUCUUCUCCAGUGAUCAAAUCACCUUCUUCUUAUAUCGUUACAUCUUCGUCGAUUUAUAUAAACUCGAUAAUCGCACUGAACUAAUGGCGUCGAUGAAUUCGGUUACAGCAGUAGGCAAUGCAAACGGCGGUAAUAUACGUAGUGUUUUUGUUUACGGCAGCUUGUUAGCAGACGACGUCGUUCGUGCUCUCCUCCGCCGCGUCCCGCAAAUUUCUCCGGCCACACUUCACGGCUAUCAUAGGUUUAGCGUCAAAGGGCGUGUGUAUCCUGCAAUUCUGCCUGUAGAAAACAAGAAAAUUACAGGGAGGGUCUUUUUGGAUAUUACUGCCCCAGAAAUGGAUAUUCUGGAUAAAUUCGAGGAUUACGAGUAUGAAAGGAGGCUUGUUGAUGUUUCUUUGCUGGAUAGUUCCGACGUUUUACAGGCUUACACAUAUGUUUGGGCCACCAGCGGCGACCCUGAUUUGUAUGGUGAAUGGGAUUUUGAGGCUUGGAAGGAUUCAAAGAUGAAAGAUUUUUUGAAUAUGACCGUGGAGUUUGCGGAAGCACAAGAACUACCUCAAUCUAAGCCGAGGGUCGCAACCUAUGAGUCCUACUAUAAGCAAAACGACGCCAACAAUAUUACGAGUUGAAUGCUCUGCUAAAAUAUGAAGGGUGACAAUAUUUUCAUCCUCCGGUUUAACAGAUUGUAAUCAACGGUUGGAUCCAGCUCUGUAUGGUUUGAAAAUAAACUGUGUUUGCCUUUAUGUUUCCUGCAAUUCCCUUUUUUCUAGGGUAUAUGAACAUAAACCAACUUGGAAAUGAUAGUAUUUGAAGUUAUCUAGAA